AUGGCGUGCAGCUGCCUGCUCCUGAUGCUCCUCGCCCUUGUGGCUCAGGCCAGAGACAUGCCUACUAGUUCUAUUAGCAGUGCGCCGGCAACUAAGACGGCCACCAUGGAGGCCAGUAAUAACGCCGGCCACAGCACCGGCGCUGCUGCCGUCAACGACCAGAAGACCUUCCUGGGCAGCGGCCUGGGAGGAGGGUACGGCGCUGGCGUCGGAGGCUUCGCUGGCGCCGGUGGCAUCGGCGGCAUAGGCGGUGCGGUCGGUGGCAUCGGCGGCGGGCUCGGAGGAGUUGCGGGUGGCGUUGGUGGACUCGGAGGCGUCGGGGGACUCGGAGGUGUCGGCGGCGGCGGACUCGGAGGCCUUGGGCCGCUUGGUGGUGGUGGUGGUGGUCUAGGAGGGCUCGGUGGUGGUGGCGGUCUCGGAGGCCUUGGUGGUACCGGUGGAGGCCUUGGUGGCGGCGGCGGGCUCGGUUAA